CUACUGGCAUCGACGACGACUACAGACCUCUAUCUCGAACACCGAUUUCCGAGGGUUUUGCGCGGUCACCAUCGCCAGUUGAAGCGCAGGACGAUCCUUCAAGGCAGGGUAACUUACCAGCGACGCAGCGCCCCUUCACGAGCUGUUGAAACGAACAUGAGGACAGGAUCUGCCCGGAGCUUGUUGAAUCCGUAUACUUCCUGGCACAUUUGUACGGCUCUGCGGUAAAGCAAUGGUCGUACAUGAUCUCCGCCUCAUCGCAUAAGUCUCGUUAUGUUGAAUCCCGCUGUUCCGCCUGCAUCUACGAGUCCAUCCGGCACAAAGAGGCUUCGCGCUUCCUUUGAUUCUUCAGACAACCCUCCCCGCUCAUCGUCACAGUCGUUACUGGGCCCGCCGCGCAAUGAUCCAGGUGCUCAGCACCAUUACUCCCAUGGACAGGCCGCUCAUUCUCCACUAACAACGACACAAUCCUCUGCGGCCAUGUCCAGCGCACAUCUUGCUGCGGGUAACUCAACCUCGUCGUUCCGCAACGUCUCCGCCUGCAAUCGCUGCCGGCUGCGCAAAAACCGAUGCGACCAACGUCUUCCCCGCUGCCAGUCCUGCGAGAAAGCUGGAGUCCGCUGUGUGGGCUACGAUCCAAUCACGAAACGGGAGAUACCCCGCAGCUAUGUAUACUUUUUGGAGGCUCGCGUCGCAUAUCUCGAAAAAGUGUUGACCGACAAUGGAAUUGGGUACAAGGAAGCAGCCGCUUUUGAAGGCGACGAGACAACUGGAGGAGAGGGCGUGGCGGAUACUGCACAAGCCCAUUCUGUUGCGGAGGACUCUCCCAUGUCUGGUGUAAGUUCUGCGACAAUAAAGAAAGAGAAGGACAGAGAUAGUAGCUUGAUAGAAGGAUCCGGGGCAAGGAAAGGUGGCACAGACGGCGAGGAUGGAAGCGCUAGUCGGGAAAAGAAAACCGAAGAGAGGCUGGAUAACUUGGUAUCGAAUAUUGGAAUGGUGUCCGUUCAAGGGACCUCGGACCCUCGCUAUCUGGGCUCUACAUCCGGCAUCUCUUUCGCCAGGGUGGUCUUCGCAGCGGUCAAGAGUUCCGUAUCAGGAAAUGGGUCGGAUCGCGGAUCUACUCGGUCGGGUGAUCGUUUGCCCCAGACUGUCACAGGAGGCGGUGCGAGCACGAUGCGAGACUCUUACUUUGGCUUGCAGACGAAGCCAACGGUGAAAUGUGCAGAGUUUCCCGAUCGAGAGCUUGCCAACAAGCUGGUGGAGCUGUACUUUGAACACGCCAACCCUCAGAUGCCGAUCCUCCAUCGCCCUGAUUUCGUGGAACUCAUGGAUCGAGUCUAUUCCAGUGACGCAAAGGACUCGUCUUCCAGGGAUCUGUAUGUACUCAACAUCGUUUUCGCCAUCGGUGCCGGCAUAAUCUACGAAGGAAAGGCGUCAAAUGCAGACGAUGAAAAUAAGGCUGGUGAUCGGCCAUCAACAGAACCAUCAGCCAGACGGAAACAUUCGAGCCAUCAGUAUCAACCGGAGGAGUACCAUGCCGCUGCGAGUGUCCAUCUGGAAGCGUUUCUCAGUUCUCCUACCUCGAGCAAUGGCUUUGGUGCCGGUCUUGAAGAACUGCAGGCGGUCCUCCUUCUGGCCGGUUUUGCUCUCCUUCGACCCGUUCCCCCGGGUCUCUGGUACAUUGUUGGAGUUGCUGUCAGAUUGGCCGUCGACUUGGGUCUGCAUUACGAGGAUGGCACAGGCAUCGACUCUAUUGGAGAGGAGGGUGUGCCACGCCUAGCGAUCGGUACUGAUGACAAGCAGAAGCCAAGCAUAGAUCCUCGUGAACGAGGACGGAGAGAAUGGGUUCGAGACUUUCGUCGGCGCCUUUGGUGGUGUGUUUACAGUUUCGACCGUCUCGUAAGCACCUGUGUGGGCCGGCCGUUCGGUAUAACAGACCAGGUCAUCACGACGGAAUUUCCGUCCUUGUUGGAUGACAAGUAUAUUACCAAGGCUGGUUUCCUAACACCCCCAGAAGAUGCACCCAGUUACAAAGUGGUCGCUCAUCACUAUCUCAAACUACGCCUUCUCCAGUCGGAAAUCCAACAAGUCUUGCAGUACCAACAGGCGCGACUUGCGAGACAAGGGGGGAAGAACAGUCGAAAUGCUUUCAUGCACACCAAACUCCCAUCACCUUUCCUACAGAACUUCGACUCCUUCCGAUCUUGGCGAAAAGACGUGCAUCGCCGACUUGCUGAAUGGAGAGACUCUGCGCCAACCCGUCAGGAAACGGGCGUGCAAUUCUCUGUGGAAUUUUUCGAGCUGAAUUACUUCCAAGCAAUCGUCAUGUUGUACAGACAGAGCUUGACGGUGCCUGCCCCGUUGGUUGGAGCUCUAACACCGGCAGAUGAUGUUUCGAGUCCAUCGUUCUCGAAUGUUGAAGACAGCGAGGACGAAGACGACAUUUACCUCAAGGUUGCGGAAGCAGGACAGAAGGUCUUGAGAAUAUAUCGACAACUGCACCGUGUCCACCUAGUGAAUUAUACUUACUUGGCUACACAUCACCUGUUCAUGGCAGGUAUAUCGUUCCUAUAUGCAAUAUGGCACUCACCUGUGGUCCGAAGUCGCCUGACGCUUGAUGAUGUUGAUUUUACCGUUCUUUCUGCCACCUCGGUUUUGGGCGAUCUGAUGGAGAAGUGUCCACCAGCAGAAGCCUGUCGGGAUGCUUUUGAAAGGAUGAGCAAGGCAACCGUUCAGAUGUGCCUGUCAACUACGGGCUUUGGCAGCGACAACUCCGGGACGCCUCUCGGUGCUCCCGCUUCACGCACACCGCAGACUUAUUUUGAAAGUCCCGGAUCUCGAAAGAGUGGCUCCGAAUAUCAGAUGCCACCCCGGCAGACCCAGUCCAGGCAAGCGCGGCCUCAACCCAGAUUCGAUAUGAAUCUCGGUGAUCUCUUCGCUGAGGGUAUGACCCCUCCCAGCGGUAAACGACAACGUCUCCAGUCCUAUGAUGGAUCUGGAUAUGGCGGUCGCCAACCAAUGGCAAACCUCCAACGAGAAAAUCCACAAGGCCGGUACCAUCGGAAUUCACAGUAUAUGCAGUCGUACGACAAUACGUAUGAUGGGCCAAAUCCCCAGCAGCAACAGCAACAGCAGCAGCAGCAAUAUUACUACAACUCACCUCAGAGUCCUUCGUCAAGAGGUGCACAACAGAACUACGGUCAAUCGCAAGCUCCCGAGCAGGAAGGCUUUGUUGACCCCGGGCUGGAUUUCCUUGACUUCGCUCCCGGUGGGGCGAUGAAUCUUGAGACAAGACAAGACGGUACCCAAGAGUAUCCGUCUAUGCCGUCCUUUGGGGCGGGAGCUGGACCAGGUCUUGACCUUGGCUUUGGUCUUGCUGUUGAUUUCCAGCACGACUGGAGCGAGGGUACUGGCUACGACCUCUUCGAUGGCUUCUUUUUUGGCGGCAACGGUGCAGGGCCCUCGAAUGGAGGGAACUAAAUAUUCCCCUUAUGCUGUUACGUGAAAAGCUACGUCUUCACUACGUGUUGAAUUUCCUUCUCAGUAUGUAUGUUUUGCCGGUAAAAAUUUCUUUGUUGCUUUCUCUAGCUCUGUCUCGUUGGGAGUUAUGUUACUCGGAUAGCGAAGGUUUAUGACGGGAAAUCAAUGGUUUGUGUGCUGCAUCUUCUGGGACGGAAACGAA